AACAGAGCAUCUGUAUUUUGUGCAUCUGAGGUUGAGGUGUCUAGUUCAAACAGUGGUGUAAUGCUAAAACAUAAGGUCUAUCCUUAAAGCUUGGCCAAGUGAAUUGCUAUCAGGUUUAUUUAUGACUACAUGUCUGGACAUUGCCAAGGUAACCCCUCCGCAGAUGAAAUUUACAGUUUUUGAAGGGAGAGAAAUGAGGUGGUUGCCAGCCUCCCAUGCUUUAUGUAUCUACCUGUCCUGGCAUGGUUCAUCCUGGGAUCAUUCCCAACCGCAUUCUAGACAUUUUGACAUGCUGCAUAACUUCUAAAGCAGUAAUAAUGCCAAGCCUUUCAGUUUAUAAGUAAAGUUUUAAACGCUUUUAAGUUUUUUUUUUUUUCUGUAAGUCCCUGAACGCAGCACCGCCGUCAAGUGAAGUUUACAUAAGGUCACUAGGCAACGGCUAACUUUGCAGCUAGCCGUUAGCUGCGACUUAAACCUCCUGAUGGCGGCUGUUCUGAUGGACCCGAACCGAGCUCCGGUGGCCUUCGGGCUGCGGGCGGUUCCGCAACUGUUUGAGGAGCUGCAGCAGCCGGACUCCGGCCGCAGGCAACGGGCUCUGACUACACUGUGUGACCUGAUGGACGACCCGGAGCGUCUCUACCAGACCGUUAGUGGAGGUUUUCUGGAGCAGCUGAAGGCCCCAUUGCGGGACAAAGACCCACCAGUCCGAACCCAGACCUGUGAACUGCUCCAGCUUCUGAGCCACCACAGCAGCGGCAGACAGGCCCUGCUCGACUCCUCCCUGCUGCCUCCUCUCUCCCUGCUGCUGGACGACCCCUCGCCCUCCUGCAGGGCAAACGUCCACCGAGUGCUGAACCGCAUCGUUCUGCUGUCGGCAGGAGCAGAAUUUGUCCUCAGUCUGGUUCCUAAACUGAUGCUGAAGCUCAGAGAAGAACAAGAAGGUGAGGAGGGGGUGCAGGUGCUGCUCCUCUCCACCCUCAGCCGCUGCUCCAGGCUGGACGCUCUCCCCGCUCUGGCCUGUGAUGGGGUCUCGCUGCUGGGUCAGAAACUCUCCCACCGCUCCCUGAACAUCCGCAGGGAGGCGGCUGCGUUCAUGAUGGCACUCAGUGUUUGUGAGGAUGGGAAGCGUCAGGUGUGUGAGCAGGGACUCCUUCCUGUCCUGCUUGCUCUGCUGCAGGAUGAAGACGUUGAGGUUCAGGCCAACGCUGCAGGAGUGAUCAUGUUCACGGUGAUCUUAACCACAGGUAAGCAGCAGUGUUUGGACCUGGGCAUCGUCCCUGUUCUUGUUGACCUGGUGUCUAAAAAGGAGGAGGAGGAGGAGGAGGAGAGGAAGGCCCUCAUCAUUUACUCCCUGCGAGCUCUCACCUCCCUGGCUGAAGCUCCAGAAGGCCGGCGCCUCCUGCAGCAGCAGCUUCCCCUGCUGGCGAGGAGGAGUGAAGCUGCAGAGAGGGACCAGGACAUCAGGCGGGCUGCUCAGACCACUAUCAGGGUCAUUGCCUGGACCCCCUGAGACCUGAUGACCCAUGACCUCUAGAGCAGACCUGCUGCAGUUAUUACCUUAUUACAUGCCAUGAUGCACAAUAAACAGCUGCAUGAUGUUCAUGCAGGUAAACACA